AUGGCUAAGAAGAUUACACGGCAGCCGGACCUCUUCCAAUGCACUGUGUGGGAGGUGAAGAAUAUAGAGGGCUUGGGUACUACUAUUGAUGUCAUCUUGGUUAACGGCCGGAUCAAGGAAACUGACCAGAUCUGCGUAUGCACUCUAGCCGGGCCCGUUGUUACUACUAUAAGGGCUCUGCUUACGCCUCCACCAGCUAAGGAAAUUCGAGUGAAGUCGGAAUAUGUCCAUCAUAAAGUCAUCAAUGGUUCCAUGGGGGUAAAGAUAUGUGCUCCUGGUCUUGAGGAGGCCGUUGCUGGGACGCAGCUGAUCGUGAUGCGGCCUGGUGAUGAUCCGGACGAGGUCAAGAGGAGGGCCAUGGCUGACUACAAGGCUGUAGUGAAUGAAUUCAAGAAGGCCCCUGAGGGCGUGUAUGUGAAGGCCUCUACCUUGGGCUCCCUAGAGGCCCUUUUGGAGUUCCUCAAGACCAGCGCUAUUCCAGUUAACCAAGUGGGCAUCGGUGAGGUUCAUCUUAUGGACGUCCGUAAGGCCUCGAUUAUGCUCGAAAAGAAGAAGGAAUUUGCGGUGAUACUGGCCUUUGAUGUGAAGGUGUCACCAGAGGCACGUGAUGAGGCUGAGAAAUUAGGAGUGAAAAUAAUGACGGCUGAAAUUAUCUACCAUCUUUUCGACCAAUUCACAGCGUACAUGGAACAGAUCAAGGAGGAGAAGCGGCAACAGGUCCAGGAGGACGCGGUUUUCCCAGUGGUCCUCAACAUCAUACCUCAGUACGUCUUCAAUAAGAAGGAUCCUAUAGUCGUUGGGGUGGACGUCUCGGAGGGCACCCUCCGACUGAACACCCCUCUUUGUGUGCCUGACAAAGACUUCCUAGAGAUCGGUCGAGUAGCCAGCAUCGAAAAGGACCACCGGCCAGUCGAGAAGGCCAUGAAGGGCGACAGUGUGGCCAUCAAGAUUCAGCCCACCUCAGCCCAGGCCUACGUUACAUACGGUCGCCACUUCGAUUCGAGCAAUGCUAUCAUGUCCCGUAUUAACCGCAGAACCAUCGACUGCUUGAAAGAGAACUUCAGGGAGGACAUGCGGAAGGAGGACUGGCAGCUCGUUAUGAGGAUGAAGCCGAUUUUUGGUAUACAAUAAUAA